AACAUGACACGCUCCACUAGAUUCCUCGGAUCAGCGGCGGCGCCGCCACCACCUGAAGAAAUCCUAGCCGCGGAAACCGACAUGAUCGUGAUCCUCUCAGCUCUCCUCUGCGCUCUCAUAUGCGUAUCCGGCUUAGCCGCAGUAGCUCGCUGCGCCUGGCUCCGCCGUAUCGCCGGCGUUAAUUUCUCCGCCGUAAGAGAAUCUCCGCCGCCGAGCAAAGGCCUCAAGAAAAAAGCUCUCCAGUCCCUCCCUAAGUCCACCUUCACCGCCGCAGACUCGCCGAGCUCCUCCGCCGGAGACGGAGAAUCAACCACCGAGUGCGCUAUAUGCUUAACGGAGUUUUCAGACGGAGAAGAGAUCAGGAUCCUGCCGCUAUGUAGCCACGCUUUCCACGUGGCGUGCAUAGACAAGUGGUUGACUUCUCGGUCGUCGUGUCCUUCUUGUCGUAGAAUUUUGGUUCCGGUGAAGUGUGAUCGGUGUGGACUUCACGCUUCCACGGCGGAGACUCAGGUCAAAGAUCAGACUCUUCCUCCUUCACAGUUCAGUUCCGCUAAUAUUCAGGCUUUUCUUCCUUGAAAAGUUUAUUUAGACUAAUUUGAUAAUUGAAAAGUUAUCGGCAUGAUUAAAAGUAAAUUAUCCUCUUAAUUAAUUAGGAACUAGAGGUCUUUUAGUUACUUCGAUCUAUGUCUAGUGUCCUUUGUAACACUGUUCUGAAUCUGAAUCAAUCAGAUGUAUGUUUCUAAUUUCGACAUGUUAAUUUCUUUUCAAGAAAAUCACAA